AUGGGCAAAGGUCAUUUCCUACCUCUUUAUAAUCCCGAUGCAAAUGUUUCGGUUCUCGACGGCAGUGGUAAUUAUGACGGAGCUCUUACUGCUAAUAUCAGAUGCGACAGUUGCUUGUCAUGGGAAGGCGGUUCUGAGGACCUGAUGAACCCUGCCAGCCCCUGGAUUUGGGGUGUGAAGUACGGAGAGCCAUUACAUUCAGAUAGUGUCUCUGCACACCUCCUUGAACAUGAUUAUGAUGGCGUUGCAUUCGUCAACAUGAAGAAUGCUACCGGAACAAACACAACUAGGAACCCAUUCGUGAACCUAGCCAAUGCUACCAUCACCCCGGGCUGGAACAGACCCCCAUUCGAUUCGGUUGGGUUGAACAAAAAGAAGAUUGCGCACGCUGUUUUGAUGACCCUCGUUUUCGUGGCGUUUUUCCCUUUUGCUGCGAUCACUCUGCACCUGUUCCCCUCAUCUGGCACUGUGACCAUCCACGCUACGGUACAGCUUUUUAAUUUGGUUCUUUCCAUCGCGGGACUUGUAGUUGGCAUUUCGAUGUCUCGACAAAUCCAUCUGAUGCGCCACCAUCACCCAAUUAUUGGAAUCGUCGUGGUGGCGAGCCUGAGUGUCUUUCAGCCUGCCAUGGGACUGAUACAGCAUCGUCAUUUUCAUAAGACAGGUGGUAAAGGAAUGUUCGCCUAUCUUCAUCGGUGGUUAGGACGAAGCAUGGUCGUCCUGGGGAUUAUCAAUGUGGGAUUGGGUUUCCAGCUGACCGGAUGGAGAGACCCUUAUGCACCUCGCGGGGCGGUCAUAUCCUGUAGUGUGGUGGCUGGUAUCGUCGGAGUGAGCUACGUGACGAUUCUUCUCCUGUCGAGUAUGAAGAAGCAGCGUGUUUUAUCCAGUCAAUAG